GAGCGCGCGGGGGUGUGUCCCAAAGCGUGUGCGGGGGCGACGGCUCCGCCACCGCCUCUCGCCAGCUGGAAGGUGCCGGUGUCGGCCCAGGCGCUGGGAGCGUGGCCACCGCCGUGGGUGGCCGUGGGUGGCUGUGACCCCGGGGGGGACACCUCCGGCCGGGCCGGUGGCCUCUCGCCGCGCAGCCUGGCCGCGCCAUGGGCGACCCGCAGGGAUUUCGUGGGAAGAGAGCGAACCCAGCCGCCGUGCCGCUCCCGUCCUCCGGCUCCCGCCGAGCCCAGACGGGCAACUUCAUGGCUUAGCGGCCGCCGUGGGAGCCUGCUGCCCCCCCGGGAGACCCAGCGUGGAGGAGCUGCCGCCGGCCGGGGCCAUGAGGACAGCAUCCCCCUGAGCGCCGGGCGAUGAGCCCGCAGGGACGGCCCUGCAAGAUGCCGAGGCUACGGGGUGGGUGCUGACACCAUGAAGGGCUACCAUGGGGAGCGUAGCCAGGCACAGCCCUCCUCCGGCCACCGCUGCCGCUGCAUCCCAGAGGACUGCGAGCGUCCCGCCGACUACGUCCAGCACGGCCCCGAGGGCCGGCCACCGUACCUCCUCAGCCCCAGCGAGCCGUGUUCCCUGGAGCAUCCCUACUGCCCGGCGCGGAGCCCCGGCACGGCCGGCGAGUGCCCGGGCGGGCCCCUGAGCGAGCCGCCCUCUGCCAGCGCCAGCAGCACCUUCCCGAGGAUGCACCACGCGCAGCAGCAGCCCUACGACUCCUGCGACGAAUGCAUGGCGACCGCCCACCCCGCCAGCAAGAUCAACCGCCUGCCCCCCACGCUGCUGGACCAGUUCGAAAAGCAGCUGCCGCUGCACCACGACGGCUUCCACACGCUGCAGUACCCGCGGGCCGGCGGCGCCGAGCCCCGCAGCGAGAGCCCCAGCCGCAUCCGUCACCUUGUCCACUCUGUCCAGAAGCUCUUCGCCAAGUCCCACUCCCUGGAGGCGCCGGCCAAGCGGGACUACAACGGCGCCAAGAUGGACGGCCGCGGGGACGGCUACCACCACCACCACCACCACCACCACCACCAUCACCACCACCAGUCCCGCCACGGCAAGCGGAGCAAGAGCAAGGACCGCAAGGUGGACUCCCGGCACCGGUCCAAGAUGAUGGGCUGGUGGAGCUCCGAUGACAACCUGGACAGCGACAGCAGCUACAUGGUGUCCGGCCGGCACGCCGCCGACCAGGGCACCCAGUACUGCGUGGACGCUCCCGAAAGUGCCUUCAGAGACUUGACCUUGAAGAGUCUAAAGGGUGGCGGGGAAGGAAAAUGCCUGGCCUGUGCCGGCAUGUCCAUGUCUCUGGAUGGUCAGACGCUCAAGAGGAGCGCCUGGCACACCAUGACCGUCAGCCAGGCCCGCGAAGCCUACCCCAGCGCCGGUGGCACCGAGAAGACCUUGAUGCUUCAGGAAGCAAAGGCCAAAGACCGAGCGUACCAGUACCUGCAGGUGCCGCAGGACGAGUGGAGCGGGUACCCGGCGGUGGGCAAGGACGGGGAGAUCCCCUGCCGACGGAUGCGCAGCGGCAGCUACAUCAAGGCCAUGGGCGACGAGGACAGCGCCGACUCGGACGCCAGCGCCAAGAUAUCGCCCAGGGCGGCCACGCGGCGAGACAGCUACCGCCGCUCCUCCAGCGCCGACCAGGCCAGGACCAAGUUUGCAAGUAGGCACUAUUCUGAUUCAUAUAUCUGUAACUGUCCCAGCUGCUGCACGCCACCGCGAAUGCUCCCACGGGGACAGGGCUACGGGCGUUCCUUCACCACCGGCCAGAUCAACGACGAGCUCAACCACCAGUUCGAGGCCGUCUGCGAGUCGGUUUUCGGCGAGGUGGAGUCGCAGGCCGUGGAGGCGCUGGACCUGCCCGGCUGCUUCCGCAUGCGGAGCCACAGCUACCUGCGGGCCAUCCAGGCGGGCUGCUCCCAGGACGACGACUGCCUCUCGCUCUUCUCCAUGUCGGCCCCCGCCGGGCCGCCCAUCACCAGCAGCAUCCUGAAGCCCAGCACUUCCUUCAGUUACAGAAAAGCUCCACCUCCCAUCCCUCCAGGAACCAAAGCCAAACCCCUCAUCUCCGUCACGGCGCAGAGCAGCACCGAGUCCACCCACGAGACCUACCUGCCCGGCGAGGUCGCCCGCAGCCCCGCUUGGUCCAAAGACGCCGCGGCCCGCUGCAACUCGGCCGAGAGCCUGGAGAGCUCCAAGGUGACUGCCGUGGCCCUCGACCUGCCCCCGGUCCAGCCCCGCGCCGCUCCCAAGCCCUCCACGCUCAUCAUCAAGGCCAUCCCUGGCCGGGAGGAGCUGAGGAGCUUGGCUCGGCAGCGCAAGUGGCGUCCCUCCAUCGGCGUCCAGGUCGAGGCCAUCUCCGACUCGGAUACGGAGAGCCGGAGCCAGAGGGAGUUCCACUCCAUCGGGGUGCAGGUGGAGGAGGACAAAAGGCGAGCGCGCUUCAAGCGCUCCAACAGCGUGACGGCGGGCGUGCAGGCGGACCUGGAGCUGGAGGGCUUCACCGGCCUGGCCGUGGCCACCGAGGACAAAGCCCUGCAGUUCGGGCGCCCCUUCCAGCGGCACUCCUCGGAGCCCGAGUCCGGCCGGCAGUACGCCGUGUACAAGACGGUGCACACGCAGGGGCAGUGGGCGUACCGGGAGGACUACCAGCUGCAGUACGACACGGUGGAGGUGCCCCGGCGGGACGCCUGGAUGGAGCGGGGCUCCCGCAGCCUCCCCGACUCCGGCCGUGCCUCCCCCUGCCACCGCGACGGCGAAUGGUUCAUCAAACUGCUGCAGGCGGAGGUGGAGAAGAUGGAGGGCUGGUGUCAGCAGAUGGAGAGGGAGGCUGAGGACUACGACCUGCCGGAGGAGAUCCUGGAGAAGAUCCGGAGCGCUGUGGGCAGCGCCCAGCUCCUCAUGUCCCAGAAGGUGCAGCAGUUUUACCGCCUCUGCCAGCAGAACAUGGAUCCCAACGCGUUCCCCGUGCCCACCUUCCAAGACCUGGCCGGCUUCUGGGACCUCCUGCAGCUCUCCAUUGAGGACGUCAGCAUGAAGUUCGCGGAGCUCCAGCAGCUCAAGGCCAACGGGUGGAAGAUCGUGGAGCCCAAGGAGGAGAAGAAGGUGCCUCCCCCGAUACCAAAGAAGCCGCCGCGCUCCAAGGUGCACCCGGUGAAGGAGCGCUCCCUGGACUCGGUGGACCGGCAGCGGCAGGAGGCCCGCAAGCGGCUCCUGGCAGCCAAGCGAGCUGCCUCCUUCCGCCAGAGCUCGGCCACCGAGAGCGCGGACAGCAUCGAGAUCUACAUCCCCGAGGCGCAGACCCGGCUGUGACCGCAGCCUCCGCUUUUCUACCCGGACUGGACGGUGCGGCCGUAGCUCACUGUGAUGGGGGGCCGCGGGGGGACACCCUGGGGCAGCCCUUGGCCCCACUCACAGCUUCUCUCUUUUCUAUCUUUACACCUUUCGUGGACCCGAUGGCGGGUGAACACAAGCCCGGUUCUGCCCCGUCCCGUCGCCCCCCGCCCGCAUGCCCCUGCCAGCCUCUCCCGGGGUUCGGGGCUCUCCCUCCCUCUGCCCUCUGUGGGGCCGUGUCCCACCUCUCUGUCUCCCCCCCCCCCCCCCAGCCCUUCCGCACCACCCCCCCAGCCUGCAUCCCAACCAAAAGAGAGGCGACCCCCAGCCCCCGGCCCCACCGGGCUGGGGGAGGGGAGGGGGCUGCAGGCAGGCCCCCCCCACCUCUCUGUACUCAGUGCAAUCGCCCAGUGGGGACGGGCCCCCCCCCCGCCCAGUCAGAGCCCCCCCAGCCCCGCUCCCCGGCCCUGCCAGCACGUGGUUUUGGGACGCGGUGGGGACAAGGGGCUCCCCCGUGUUGCCCCCCACCUGCCUCCGGCUCGGGUGCCCUGGGGCACCCAGGGCUCCUUCCCCUCUAUACAUAUAUAAAUAUAACCUGAGGAAUAAACCAGAAAUUACACGUGACCAGCGCUGCGUUCUGGCUGGUGGCACGGCCCAGAGCAGCAGAAACCCCCCGGUCACGGCGAGCCGCCCCGCUUCCCUCGCACGGAGCAUCGCGACGCGCUUCUCCCCUUCCCGCUCAGCCCUCCUUCCCCGCCGGUCUGUCCCUCCAUCCGUCUGUCCUUCCCUCCUGCCAGCCUGGAGGCCGGGAGCACCUCUGCGGCGUGGCGCUAGGGCUGGGGGGGAUACGGGGUGUGUGUGUGUCCCCCUCCUCCCCGUGCCUCGCUGACGCUUCCCCGGUGUGCGAGCGAGGCGGUAGCGGGGGGAGACCUGCCUGCAGCCCCCUUGCACCCGCAGUGUAGGGGACCACGGCGGCUCUGCCCCGGGCCAGGCUCGGUGCCGGCGGGUGGGACGGGAGCGUGGACAUGGCCAGCAGCUGCCCCUUGAGUGGGGGGGCUGCUAGAGAUCACCCCAAGGGGGUCACCCCUUCUCCCCGAGCUCCCGGUGCCCCGCGGGGAUGGGACACCCCGGGAUGCUGCUGCUCCCAGCUCCUCCAUCGCUGCGCACAGAGCUGGGAGCAGGGGGUGUGUGUGUGGGGGGGGGGGGGGGGGCGUCCCCAAAAGUCCUCUCCAGGGCAGAGCAGCGUGACAGGGCAGGAGGCUGCAUCUUCCCCGUCCUUGUCCCCAUCCCCGGUCCCUCUCCAAGCAUCCUGUCCCCUGCAGUGUCCCCUUUUGGUGGCAGAAGAGGGGAGGACCCCACCCCUGUCCCCCACCCCGCCACACCAGCAGCCCCACGCAGCGUCACCAGCCACCCCCCCAGGCAGGGCCGGUGGGUGCCGGGUAGCUCCCAAAAUCCAGGGCCAAACCUCGUCCAGGGCCCUGGGGGCAGGGCGGCGGGAUCAGAGGCAGCUGGGAGGGGGGGCACCCAGCUCGUGCCCCCCAUGGAACAGGGGGGGGCCGGGGCCGAGCAGGGGGGACGCCUCGCUGGGGGUCCCUCACUCCAGGGGGGGGUCUGUCGGUGCUAAACACCUCCGGGACGGCAGUGCCCACUCAGCCACCCAAAGGCCUUUCCCACCCCGCUCCCCACCCCUCCCCUGCACCCCGGAUUUAGGGAUGUGCCUGGGAAGGGCCCCCCCUGGGCCCCCCCCCGGCCAGCGCCGUGCAGUGACCGUGACACGUGGCUCCCUUUUUAUUGUAAUGAACCACCGCAAUUAAUAAAGAUGACUUUGGUUACUCCGGGCCAGCGGCCACCUCCCCGUGGGGAUGUGGCCGGCGCCGGGCUCGCCUUUCCCCUG